UACGUUAUCUGCCACGUGGAACUACACGACAAAACCUCCGACAAUACGUACUUCAAAAAUUAACCGUUUUCUUAAGCAGCCCCCUGAAAAGAUAUAAAAUUACAACAACGUCUUUCGAUUUGUUUCAUAAAAACCCCUGAACUUUUAACUAUUUCGCUCCCCUCCAGCCCUGCUUCUGCUUCUCUGUUUCUCUUCGAUGAAGUGCUUCUACUUCCCCGGGCCGGAGAGGGACGAAGGUGGAUCGAUUGUGGCGAGGAUCCCGUGGGUGAGGUCCCUCAGCAUGGCGUCAGGUGGGGUUGAGUCGAGGCGGUCGGAUUCCGAGCCGGCGAUGGAUUGGAGGAGAGAAGAUGGGCUCAGAGCUUUUGGAUUUGCGGAGCUGAAAUCGGCGACGAGGGGGUUUAGCCGCUCGUUCAUUAUCGGAGAGGGAGGAUUUGGUUGCGUUUAUAGAGGUGUUGUUUGUGUUGAUGAUGAGAAGACGAUGGAUGUCGCAGUGAAACAGUUGAAUAGGAAUGGAUUACAGGGGUAUAAGGAAUGGAUUACAGAAGUGAAUUUCUUGGGUAUAGUCAAGCAUCCCAACCUUGUAAAUUUAGUGGGUUAUUGUGCUGAAGAUGAUGAGAGAGGCAUUCAAAGGCUUUUGGUAUAUGAAUUAAUGCCUAACCGAAGCUUGGAGGACCACCUAUUGGGUCGGAUUUCAUCGAAGCUCUCAUGGCUUUUACGGUUGAAAAUUGCACUUGAUGCCGCACAUGGCUUAGCAUUCCUCCAUGAAGAAAUGGAUUUUCAGUUGAUAUUCCGAGAUUUUAAAACAUCAAACAUUCUUUUGGAUGAACAUUUCAAUGCGAAGCUUUCAGACUUCGGCCUAGCAAGACAUGGACCGGCAGAGGGAGUUGGUCAUAUCUCGACAUCAGUUGUAGGAACAGUGGGUUAUGCAGCUCCAGAGUAUGUUCAGACCGGAAAAUUAACGGCCAAAAGUGACGUCUGGAGUUUCGGAGUAGUUCUCUAUGAACUGAUAACAGGAAGACGGUCAUUGGAUCGAAACCUGCCAAGAAGUGAGCAAAAGCUCUUAGACUGGGUGAAACCUUACGCGACUGAUCCUAAAAAACUCCAUCUUGUUAUAGACCCACGUCUCGAAGGCCAGUACUGCCCGAAAUCAGCUCAAAAGCUUGUUGCUCUCGCAAACAAGUGCUUAAUGAAACAACCGAAAUCCCGUCCACGGAUGAGUGAAGUGGUUGUGAUGCUUGAACACAUUAUUGAGAUGCCGAAUGUGAAGACGAUCCCGAAAGCUCUCAAUGCAUCUUCAUAUGCAAUCGAGGACGAUAACGAUAAAACAGUGAAUGUGAAGGAAAGAAGUAGUUUUAGGCAUAGAGUUUUCGAAUUAAGAGAGAUUAUUAGAUUAAGGAAGUUGGAUUGGCCUGUGAUGAGGCUUGGAAGAACAUUGUGAUUAAUAUGAAUUUUCCUUGUUAUCCUUUAAAAUUCUUAUCAUUUGGAAGGUAUUGAAGAAGAAGAAGAUGAAGAUGAUGAUGAUGAACAUUAGUUAUGUUGUGCAUCUCUCCCUUCCCUUGUUCAUUGUUAUUGAUUUGUUUGAGAUAUGUAAU